UAUAAAGAGGAUCAGAGGCUGACAGCAAAGACCUGGAGGUAAGAGUCCUUUGCCUAGCCCUGCUCCUCCAAGCUCCCAGAAGUCUCAGGUCAGAGGGCUCAGGCAGUCUCUGGAGCUCUUGUCUGCGGGGACCAUGGAGUGGCAGCAGCUGUGGCUGGCCUUCUUACUUCCCAUGACAGUCUCAGGCCGGGCUCUGAGGCCUACAGAGAAGGAGGCAGUCUUGGAUUACCUGUUGCAGUAUGGGUAUCUACAGAAACCUCUAGAAGGAGCUGAUGAUUUCAGGCUAGAAGAUAUCACAGAGGCUCUAAGAACUUUCCAGGAAGCAUCUGAACUGCCCGUUUCCGGUCAGAUGGACGAUGCCACAAGGGCACGUAUGAAGCAGCCCCGCUGUGGUCUGGAGGAUCCCUUCAACCAGAAGUCUCUUAAAUACCUGCUUCUGGGCCACUGGAGAAAGAAGCACUUGACAUUCCGCAUCUUGAACGUGCCCUCCACCCUCUCACUCCCCAGAGUACGAGCAGCCCUGCAUCAAGCCUUUAAGUAUUGGAGCAGUGUGGCCCCUCUGACCUUCCGGGAGGUGAAAGCUGGUUGGGCUGACAUCCGCCUCUCCUUCCAUGGCCGCCAAAGCCCAUACUGCUCCAAUACCUUUGAUGGACCUGGAAAGGUCCUGGCCCACGCUGACAUUCCAGAGCUUGGCAGUGUACACUUUGAUAAAGAUGAAUUCUGGACUGAGGGGACCUACCAAGGAGUGAACCUGCGUAUCAUUGCGGCCCAUGAAGUGGGCCAUGCCCUGGGACUUGGGCACUCCCGAUAUACCCAGGCACUCAUGGCUCCUGUCUAUGCUGGCUACCAGCCCUACUUCAAGCUGCAUCCAGAUGAUGUGGCAGGGAUCCAGGCUCUCUAUGGCAAGAGGAGCCAGGAGCCAGGAGAUGAGGAGGAAGAGACUGAGAUGAGCACUGGGUCACCAGUGACCACAAAUCCCGGUCCCAUGCCAACCCCCUGCAGCAGUGAUGUGGACGCUGUGAUGCUAGGGCCUCGUGGGAAGACCUAUGCUUUCAAGGGUGACUAUGUGUGGACUGUAACAGAUUCAGGGCCAGGCCCCUUGUUCCGAAUAUCUGCCCUUUGGGAGGGGCUUCCUGGAAACCUAGAUGCCGCUGUCUAUUCUCCCCGGACACGAUGGACUCAUUUCUUCAAGGGAAACAAGGUGUGGCGGUAUGUGGAUUUCAAGAUGUCUCCUGGCUUUCCCAUGAAACUCAACAGAGUAGAACCCAACCUGGAUGCAGCUCUCUAUUGGCCUGUUAAUCAAAAGGUGUUCCUUUUUAAGGGCACAGGAUACUGGCAAUGGGACGAACUGGCCAGAACUGACCUCAGCCGCUACCCCAAACCAAUCAAAGAACUGUUUACUGGAGUGCCAGGCCAACUCUCGGCAGCUAUGAGCUGGCAAGAUGGCCAAGUCUACUUCUUCAAGGGCAAAGAGUAUUGGCGCCUUAACCAGCAACUUCGAGUGGCAAAGGGCUAUCCCAGAAAUACUACACACUGGAUGCACUGUGGUUCUCAGACUCCAGACACUAACUCAUUAACCAGGGACAUUACUCCUUCAACCACAGACACAGUCCUGGGUAACACUCCUUCAACCAUGGGCUCAACCUUGGACAUUCCCUUAGCUACAGACUCUGCCUCUCUCUCAUUCUCUGCUAAUGUCACCCUGCUAGGGGCCUGAGAACUAUUCAGUGUCUGCUCAUUAGGGCUGUGCAGAUGUUACCCAAUGGGCACUAGGCCUAAUGCCCCUAGAUAUUCCAAUUCUGGACACCACUUUCCUGUGUUCCUAGAAGGUGCCCACUUAAUUCUGAGUCUAUCUCCAAUUUCUCUUUCUUCUUGUCAUAUAGCUGUUUCAAGUGUGACAUCUAUUCUCUGGUGGAGGGAAAUUGUCAAUCAGGAGGUUUUUUUUUUUUUUUUUGGACAGGGUCUCUCUACAUAGCACUGGCUAUGGUUACCAGCAAUCCUGAAACUAUGUAGAUAUGUAGACCAGGCUGCCUUGAACUCACAGAGAUCCACCUGCCUUUGCCUCCUGAGUGCUGGGAUUAAAGGCCUGUGCUACCAUGCCUAGCUAGUGUUGUUGGUUUUUUUUUUUUUUUUUGAUUUAAGGCAUGUGUUACCAUGUCCAGCUGUCAGUUGUGGCUUUAGUUGACAGGAGGCAACAGCUAACAGUUGACUAUUGAAUACCUGGAUUGUGUUCUUCCAACAUAAAGUGCAAAAAAAUGUCAUGGUCAGUAAACUGAGCUUGGGAUUUGGAGUCCUUGAGUCACCUGACUAUGUAUGGCUUUUGGCUUGCUAAUUAACCUUGUCAAACUUUGAAUUCCCUAUUAACAAAAUAAGGUUAAUAUCAAUGUUUACAGGAUUGUUAUGUUAGAUAAAAUACUGUAUGUGAGGUGUCUGACAGAUUCUGGAACAUUUGUGUUUAGUAAAGGCUAGUUUCAUAUUCCUGGGCGAGAACUGAGUUGUCUGGGUAUAUACAUGUAUGAUAUAUGUGUAUUAUAUACGGUAGUGUAUGCGAUGUAGGUGCCAUAGCAGAUCUUUGGGGGGCAGAUUAGCUUUGCUUUGUGGUGCAAAGAAAGUGAAAAGCAGCAAUAGUAGAGGCCCGGCUCAGCUCCCCAGUAUUUUCAAUGCUGUUUUAUUCCCGAAUUCCCUGUUCUUCCUCCCUCGCUUUACAGAUCUGCUGUUCAAGGGAAAGAUAUAUAUAUUUUUUUAAUAUGUCUGGGAAACCAGGAAAUAGAUCUUGGUCAGGAGAGUCAGAGGAGGGAGGGUUGGAAUGGUCAGUGGCUGGGUCCCAAUUCUGGUUUAGGAGGAAAGCUAUUUUAAAAGACAGAAGGCACUUGGCUACUGUGCAGCCCCAAAGUCAAGGCUCCUCUGAGAAAAAGGUCAAGGAGCCAGCUUUUGGAGAGAGGGAGCUGAGGCAGAUGCUGUAGUCCUCCUCCAAUGAGGAGGCAGGGAAAGCACCAUGGAACAUGGAGCUCCUCACCGAGGUAGUAGGAUUCAAGAGUAGAGGGUCCAGGAAGAAAGUCCAACCAGAAGCCCAGUUACCCCCAAUAGGGAGCCAGGGGACUUCUGUGCCA